CUUCCCUGCGCGCUGCAAUCGAGCGCCUGCUCUGUGCGAGGCGCGCAGCAUCGAGCACCAUCGAUCUUAUCUAUGGUUGCUUCCGGGCUCUGUUCCUUGGGCAACUACCUCGAGCUUAAGUAUAGAUGAGCCGCCAGGUUGGGAGGCCUGCUGUGGGAGGUUGCUGAGGUGUGUCACAUCACGUGGCGGGAAGGCAGAAAGCCACGAGGUAUUGCGACAUGAUGACAUCCAUACUUUGCACAGUUGCCCAAUUCGGCAAAUAAGGCACGCAGCAUUAUCCAGUGCAUGCAGAGCUCGGGCUAUCAAGCUGGCCCCAAGUGUUGAUUGACACAGUAGCGCGGAGAGGACUCUCUCGCCGAAAGAUACCUGCAGUUGUCGUCCAGCUGGACAGGAGAGAGCACAUUGCAACAUGGGCUGUUUUGUUCGUGUUUCCUUGGUCGAGCUGUCCGGGCAGCUACCAACACCAGGCACUAUCCCGACCCGUUCGAUUCAGUUAGAGCCCCAAGUCGCUAUCGUUGCCCGUACCGGCACCUCGGUCAGAACCCCACACACCCUUUGGCGACCGCAUCCAUCUCGCUAAGGACCUGCACGUGUGUCUGUAUCAGACCUGCGCCAAAAGGGGCGUCCUGCACGCUUGCACGACAAGCCAUCCGUCUGUUGUCCACCCAGAAAGGCUCCGAUUUCCACCUCCAAACGAACGGCCGUGAUUACAACGCGGAGCCAAUCGGGCGUUGCUGGGGGCUGUUGACCGUAGCGCGGGUCUAAGCGCAUGACGCGCCGCCGCCGCACUUGCUCGCUCGUCUGCACCUGGCCACCCCUCCGUCCGGCUGUUUGAUGCGCCACACCCAGCUGUAUGACCUGAUCUGUCGUUGAGCCCGUCCGUGAUUGGCCCGUGGGAGGCAGUCGUCGUCCUUGCCAGCCGGUUGCAUCAUCCAUCCCAACAGCGGGCCCUCCCUAACUAGCAUCUCGCCGACGCGUUUGCGCACGUCACACAUUAGCCCAGCUUUGCUUUCCCUCCCCUAACACUGCACCGCGCGCCUGGACGCAGCCAAUCCCGCCCCAACGUCCGCAAGCUUUCAUCAACACUGCCCGGGCUCGUCUCAACCGAACCUCGCCAGAUCCCAUCCUGUGGCCCUCCUACCUCGCGCUCCCCGCUCUAGCGUCCCACCACCCUGCCUCGCCAUCCCGGGGCCGGGCCGACUGCGGUGCCCGACCGACUGUGGCCCCUGGGUUGUCGCAGCCGCCCAUCUCGUAGUCUCGAGCUGAUGGCGCUCCAUGAGGCCCCCAGGGCCCUCAGGGCUCCUGGCAGGGCGGCAUGGGACCGCAGCGUGCCGCCGCUGCUGAGGCCUAUGCUGCGCGCCUGGGCUCUGGGCUACGGCUCUUCGGUGGCGCCCCGCGUCUUGACGCUGGUCAUCCAGACUUUUGCAAGGGGGCGAAAUCUCAAGAACACGGCGCAACAGCCCCGGCCUCCCUUUCUCCGGGCCCUUAUCCAUAUCCUAUGUGGUGGUCUAGACCCGCAGAGGUUUCCCACCUUCUGCGCACUCCUAGUUGGCGGCACUACGCUACUCCAGGUGCCUCUAAGUCGCCUGGUCGACAAGUUACUGCGGGCCUUAUCAAAACCGGCCAGGACGAGGAUCUCGCGAUGGCUUGCAACCUUUGUGGCAGGUUGGUGCAGUCUGAGAGUUCUCCAAUCCAAGCAUAGCCCAGCCUUCACCGACGUGGCCGCCCCGUCGGCGGAAGCCGGGUCGGCCGUGACGGUGCGCUGGGCUGGGCGCACACUGGAUUUGACUCUCUUUGCCGCCACUAGAGCGGUUGAUGUUAUCGUGGGUGAGGUUUGGUCACAACGAAGAGGCCGGCGAAUCGCCGCUGGGAAGUGGACAGCGGCCGAUCGCCUCGUGGAAAGGACUACGGACCCGGCCAUCUUCGCGACAGCGUGUGCUGCGAUCAUGUGGGCCUGGAUCUAUCUUCCAGAUCGUCUUCCCCCGGGAUAUAACAAAUGGAUAGGAGCCGCGGCUGCCGUCGAUGUGCGGCUUCUCGAGGCGCUCAGGCGAUGCAGGAGCGGCGAGCUGCUCUACGGCCAAGACAACGGGCAGGCAUCUCUGCUGCAGGCCAUGUGCGCUGACUAUAAAUGGCCGCUCCAUUGGGGUGACCCGAGCCAGUCAGUGCCGUUUCCGUGCGAGAUGGUACACAUGGGCGCGGGGGCUUCGUGCGAGCAGCAUGCGCUCAGCCGCUUCUACCGCUCCUGGCGCUGGUCCAUGGCGACCUACAUGCCCCUGAACCUGCUCAUCGUCGCCCGCAACCCGAACCUCCGGUCGCUGGCCCGGGCCGCCGUCUCGGCGUCGCGGUCCUCGGCGUUCCUGGGCACCUUCAUCACGCUCUUCUACUACGGCGUCUGCCUCGCCCGCACGAGGCUCGGCCCGUCUCUCCUGGUCCGUGGCGACCGGGACCUGGCGGCGCGGCAGCGCAUCGACGGCGGGCUCUGCGUCGGGGUCGGGUGCGCGCUGUGCGGCUGGAGCAUCCUGAUCGAGCACGCAGGCCGCAGGAAGGACAUGGCGCUGUUCGUGGCGCCGCGGGCCCUGGCCACCUUUUUCCCCAGGCGCUACUCGCUCGACAAGCAGUGGAGGGAGACGCUGUUGUUUGCGGCCAGCACUGCUGUCGUCUUCACCUGCGCGCUUGAGAACCAGCCGCGGGUGCGGGGAGUCCUAGGAAACGUCAUCGGCUCGGUGCUGAAGGCGUGAUUUCCAAAAGAAAUUGCCGCCACCUUGUGUGUAAUAUAUAUAGAUAAAAGGGCUUCGUGUUGCUCUCCAAGCAAAAAGGCUCCCUGUAGAUCUGCCGCGAUCAUAUUAAAAGGCUUUGGUAGAAUGUUGAUGUUUGAGGAGUAAGAAACUCAUCAUUUGCAUCUCACCCAAAUCCCAAAUCUUUCUCCCCCGCGUUUGAGCACGCACCUCUUCGCGGGGUGUCCAAUAAAAUGACGGUAAUUGGCGAGGCGCGGCAGAGUUUUUCGCUGCAACCCCAUGCCUCCAUCUAGCC